AUGGCGCGUCUAUUGAACCGCGACGGCGCGUCCAAGUCCUUCACUUGGACCACCGUCUUCUACCUUCUCCUGGUCUUCAUUGCGCCCCUGGCGUUUUUUGGCACCACGGCCCACGCCGAGGAGGAGACUGCCGCUGAGAACUAUGGAAACGUUAUCGGUAUUGACUUGGGUACCACCUACUCUUGUGUUGGUGUGAUGCAGAAUGGCAAGGUCGAGAUUCUCGUCAACGACCAAGGAAACCGUAUCACCCCGUCCUACGUCGCCUUCACUGAUGAGGAGCGUCUGGUCGGUGACGCCGCCAAGAACCAAUACGCCGCCAACCCUACCCGUACCAUCUUCGAUGUUAAGCGAUUGAUCGGUCGCAAGUUCGAGGACAAGGACACCCAGAAGGACGCCAAGAACUUUCCCUUCAAGAUUGUCAACAAGGAUGGCAAGCCGCACGUCAAGGUCGAUGUCAACCAGACCCCCAAGGUCCUGACUCCAGAGGAGGUGUCCGCUAUGGUUCUGGGCAAGAUGAAGGAGAUCGCCGAGGGAUACCUUGGCAAGGGCGUUACCCACGCCGUUGUCACUGUUCCCGCCUACUUCAACGACGCUCAGCGUCAGGCCACCAAGGAUGCCGGUACUAUCGCCGGUCUCAACGUCCUCCGUGUCGUUAACGAACCCACCGCCGCGGCUAUCGCCUACGGUUUGGACAAGACUGGUGGCGAGCGCCAGGUUAUUGUGUACGAUCUGGGUGGUGGUACUUUCGAUGUUUCCCUCCUGUCGAUUGAUGACGGUGUCUUCGAGGUCCUGGCUACUGCUGGUGACACCCACCUGGGUGGUGAGGACUUUGACCACCGUGUCAUGGACUACUUCGUGAAACAGUACAACAAGAAGAACAGCGUCGAUGUUACGAAGGACCUGAAGGCGAUGGGUAAGCUCAAGCGCGAGGUCGAGAAGGCCAAGCGUACGCUCUCUUCGCAGAUGUCCACCCGCAUUGAGAUUGAGGCCUUCCACAACGGCGAGGACUUCUCCGAGACCCUGACCCGCGCCAAGUUCGAAGAGCUGAACAUGGAUCUGUUCAAGAAGACCCUCAAGCCCGUCGAGCAGGUGCUCAAGGACGCCAAGGCCAAGAAGUCCGACGUGGACGACAUCGUUCUCGUUGGUGGCUCCACCCGUAUCCCCAAGGUCCAGGCUAUCCUGGAGGAGUUCUUCGGUGGCAAGAAGGCCAGCAAGGGUAUCAACCCCGAUGAGGCCGUUGCCUUCGGUGCUGCCGUUCAGGGUGGUGUUCUGUCUGGCGAUGCCAACCUCCGUGACGUCGUUCUCAUGGAUGUUAACCCCCUCACCCUGGGUAUUGAAACCACCGGUGGUGUGAUGACCAAGCUCAUCCCCCGUAACACUGUCAUCCCUACCCGCAAGUCCCAGAUCUUCUCGACUGCCGCCGACAACCAGCCGACGGUGCUGAUCCAGGUGUUCGAGGGUGAGCGCUCGAUGACCAAGGACAACAACCUGCUCGGCAAGUUCGAGCUGACAAGUAUCCCACCCGCACCCCGUGGCGUUCCUCAGAUUGAGGUCGCCUUCGACCUGGAUGCCAACGGUAUCCUCAAGGUUAGCGCUAGUGACAAGGGAACCGGCAAGGCCGAGUCCAUCACCAUUACCAACGACAAGGGCCGUCUGUCCCAGGAGGAGAUCGACCGCAUGGUGGCCGAGGCCGAGCAGUUCGCCGAGGAGGACAAGGCGAUCAAGACCAAGAUCGAGGCCCGCAACGGACUGGAGAACUACGCCUUCAGCCUGAAGAACCAGGUCACCGACGAGAAGGGUCUUGGUGGCCAGAUCGACGAGGACGACAAGCAGACUAUCCUGGACGCUGUCAAGGAGGUUACCGACUGGCUCGAGGAGAAUGGCGCCACUGCCACCACCGAGGACCUCGAGGAGCAGAAGGAGCAGCUCUCUGGUGUCGCCUACCCGAUCACCAGCAAGCUUUACGGCUCUGGCGCUCCUCCCGAGGGCGAGGAAGAGGAGCCCGUCGAGCACGACGAACUGUAA